AUGAAAGGAGAUUCUAGAUUUCAUGAAGAAAUAUCUUCAAAUAAUUGUAUUGGCGAAUCUAAUUCAUAUAUUGAUAAUAUUGAUGAUAAUACUUGUACACUAUUAGAAUUUAAUCAACUACAAAAAAAAGCAAGAAAAGGAGAUCCUAGAUUUAAUAAAGAAGGAGAUAUCAUGCCAUAUGAAAUUUCAACUAAUACCUCAAGUGAUACAAAUGAUAAUAAUAACGAAAGCAGCAAUAUGGAUUUUAAUCCUGAAAAUCUUGUUGAUGCCAUCUUAAAUAAGAACCGUAUUUGCACGUUCAUGAGCGAAUUUGGUACGGAAUUUAUGGAAAAUAUUGGACCGAUAUCCGCUCAGGUUUUGCAGCAGUUUACUAGUUGA